GCUUUAAUAACCUGACGUAGCCUCACCUGUAUCUGCGCCAUUGUGUGCUGACAUACAUGCUGCACACUACCUACUACUUGCAUAUUUACAUACUGACGUAGUAGUCCCAUCUGCUUACACGCUAGUUAAGUUACCCCCGCUUACCUAAUCAGUCUACCCUCUGCGCCAAUACCACCCAGUCCCCGCACCCACCACCAAAACCCCUCUCACGAUGCGUCUCUUCCUGCUGCCCAUCUCCACCCGUCGCUCCCUCAUCUACUGCGAGAGGCUACAUGAAAAGGCCCCAAAGGAUCGCUCCCUCUAUGACAAAAUUACCCUCAAGGCGAGCGAGACGUGGGUGGCUUGGGAAAAGGAUCAAAAAGCUGUGUGGGACUGGAAGCGCAAAGUGACUUUCUACGGCAACCAGGCAUUGACGCGCAUCCCCUACGAAGAAUGGGGCCUCAAGACCAUCCCCGCCCUCACCGCCAAGCGGAGGCAGGAAAUCCUCGACGGCAAGGCAAAAUAUGAAGUCCUCUUCCCAGGAAAAUAUCUGCCCCAGGAGAGGGUCCCCAGCCUGCUCGAGAAGCUGGCCAAGGAGAGGCAGAACAUGCACCGCACCAAACUCAUCUGGAGUGUCGUCAUCAUGCCCUUCACUGCCCCCUUCAUGCUCGUCCCCAUCAUUCCCAAUCUGCCCUUUUUCUACGUACUCUACAGGGCCUGGUCGCAUUGGAAAGCCCUCGGCGGCGCACGACACCUCGAAUUCCUUCUCAAGCACAACCUCCCCAAACACAAUCCGUCAUGGACCCUGGACGAACUCUACACCGCCGGACUUAUGUACCCCACCCGUGCUCUUUCCCGCGCCGCACCCCGCCCAACUCCGCAGCAGGCCCAACAAGUGGCCGCCGUGGUCCACCAGCAGACCAACAACGAGACCGAAGACGUCAUGGUCCUCCAGCGCUGGAACGGCAAGCUUAUUGCUGAGCAGUUCAAUCUGCCGGACAUGGAGGUCGAGAUUGAGCGGGCUGUCAGCCAGGUGGAAAAGGCCAUCAAGUCAAAGGAAGAGCGCAUGGAGGAAAAGAUCGAGCAGGAAAUGGCUGCUGGCAGCAAUGGCACUCGAGCCAAGGAUGCCCUACCCAAGGAAAUUCUUGAAAAUAUCCAAAACAAGGCCGAGGAUAUCGCUGAAGAUACCAAGGCUGGUAUGAACAAGGCUCACUAACUUUGAAGAUACUUGAACGAAGACGAUGUAUAAUUUCCACGAAAUGAGACAUGUACCAUAUUGCGCUGGGCGUUGGGAGGAUUUUUGAUAUAUUAUACCACACAUAGAAGGAUCAC